GAUUUGUUUCAAAUUACACCCCAGUCCAUUUCUUGGUCUAUGUUUAAUAUACUAGGACUCUUCAAAAUAGUGUGCCCAUGAGACAUCCUUCAACUCAUUCCGUCUUCCCACUGACUGAGACUCGUCCACAGAGCUCCUCCAAAGCAACGACCUUGUCGGCCGCACCGGCGAUGGCUUCCCUUCGCCGGACAACGACCAAAGCCACCGCCACCGCCACCAUCUUCGUCCUCCACCUUAUCCUCGCCUUCUCGUCCUCUUCCUCCUCGCCGGACGACGACGACAGGGCGGCGCUGCUCCACCUCAAGCACGGCCUUCUCUCCUCCGGCUCCGGCGACGGCAUCCUCGACCACUGGACACCAGAACACGAAACCAACCACUGCUCAUGGCCGGCGGUGCGCUGCGACGCGCGUUCCCGCCGCGUCGUGGCUCUCUCCCUCCGCUCCGGCCGCCGCGGGUCUCUGUCGCCGUCUCUGUCCCCGGCGGUGGCGCGGCUCACGGAGCUCAAAUCCCUCUCCAUGCCCUCCCUCGGCAUCGUCGGCGAGAUCCCGGAGGGUCUCUGGCGGCUGCAGAACCUCGAGGUGCUCAACCUGGCCGGGAACGCCCUCCGUGGCUCCCUGCCCGCCGCCUUCCCUGAAGGGCUCCAAAUCCUGGACCUCUCCGGGAACCACCUCUCCGGCUCCAUCCCUCCGGGGAUUGGGGAACUGGGCGCGCUUCGGGUCCUGGACCUGGCCGGGAACAGGAUCUCCGGCGGCGUCCCUCCUGAACUCCGGCAUUGCGGCUCCCUAAUGAAGCUCGACCUCAGCGAGAACUUCCUCCAUGGCCGAGUGCCUUCCGCCUCUGUUCUCAAGGAGCUGAAGAAUUUGAGGUUCCUGUCGUUGGGUGGGAAUAAUUUCAGUGGUGAGUUGCCGUCUGGUCUGGGACAGAUGAGGUCCCUCAGUGUUCUGAAUUUGUCGUCCAAUUAUCUGUCAGGAGUUGUGCCCAGUGAUCUUGUUGCACUUAGAAAUCAGACUUCUUUACUGCUUGACAACAAUCUGUUAUCUGUGGAGAAGAAGGUAUCAGUUGAAGUGGUUGAUGUUUCCCCGGUGGCAGCUGACAGUUCAGUGGUAAAUCCACCUACUGGUCCUGGGUCCAGUGAGUUAUUUACAGUCAUCCCUGAAUUCAGAAACAGUCGGGUUCUGACCGAGGUGAACAAGGGCACGCCGUCUGAUGAUAGCCACAAAGCUGCUCACUUGAGAAUGAUAGAGAUUGCCGCGGCUGCUUCAGCAUCAGUUGUUCUUGUUAUCAUGUUUGUUGUGGCCAUAGUGUGCAUUUGCACAAGGAAAUGUAACCCGAGCCGGGAAAGGCGGUCAAGCAACAGAAGGGAAGUGAAGGUUUUUGAUGGUGUUGAUAUCGGAGCUGACCUGACUUACGAAGCGAUUGUCCGUGCCACUGGGAAUUUCAAUGCAAGCAACUGUAUUGGUAGUGGUGGCUUCGGCGCGACUUACAGAGCCGAGGUUGCGCCUGGGGUUUUAGUGGCGAUAAAGAGGCUUUCUAUCGGGAAGCAACAGGGUGCCAAGCAGUUCCAAACAGAAGUCGAAACCCUCGGGCGGUGUCGUCAUCCUAACCUCGUCACGCUGGUAGGGUUCCACAUCAGUGAUGAGGAGACAUUCCUGAUAUACAACUAUCUGCCAGGUGGCAACUUGGAAAGGUUCAUACAAGAGAGAACCAAGAGGCAACUUAGCUGGAGGAAGCUUCACAAGAUUGCUAUGGACAUUGCUCAUGCUCUCGCGUUCAUGCACGACGAGUGCUCCCCCCGCAUCCUGCACCGAGACGUGAAGCCAAGCAACAUAUUGCUUGACAAUGAUCACAAUGCCUAUCUCUCUGAUUUCGGGUUAGCGAAGCUUCUUCGGAACUCGCAGACUCAUGCAACCACAAAUGUCGCUGGCACUUUCGGUUAUGUCGCACCGGAGUACGCAAUGACAUGCCGCGUCUCCGAGAAGGCUGAUGUCUAUAGCUAUGGUGUCGUGCUCCUUGAGCUGAUCUCGGAUAAGCAAGCCCUGGAUCCAUCAUUUUCCCCAUACGGAGACGGUUUCAACAUCAUCAAUUGGGCUAUUAAGAUGAUGCAAAGUGGCAGAGUUCGUGGCUUCUUCAUUGAAGGCUUGUGGGAUAAGGCCCCUCACGAUGAUCUUGUUGAGAUCCUGAACCUGGGGGUCAUGUGCACGAUGGAAAAUCCUGCUGCUAGGCCCAGAAUGAAGCAUGUUGUUAGGCGUCUAAGGGACAUGCGACCGCCUUCUUACUAGAAACAGCGAAAAAGGAGGUUACCGGAGCUUGCCGUGACAGUGGGCUGUUCAGCAUUUGGGGACAAGAUGUACAUUCAUAGGAACUCCAUGCAUGCCCGGGCCUGGCUACCUCCUUAGCAUACAUAGCAAGAUGAUAAACACCCUGAAACCUUUUUACUUUACCUGUAUACUCCUCCAACAUCGUCAUCGGUAUCUUCGCAAUCGAAUUCGUUUGUUGUUGUUAAA